GUCAAUAACAUCCUCCCCGUCCGCCAGGCACUUAGGUCGGCCUUGACUUCUUUGCUCUUAUCUACUAUAUUGGCCAUGAUCUUGUGUUCUGUGCCGAUCGUCCAAUUCAAUCUUUAAGCAUAAUGGAUUCCCCUUUGACCCAGCAAAGUAGACCGGAAACCUUCAAACCGAAGAUCGUGCAACUAUACGAGAAUCUAUUCCAGACCACGGAUUUUCCGGAACCCUCGGAGGGUUUUUGGAGAGAAUUCUUUCUGCUGCCACCGGAUAGGAGCCAGCUCAAUGCACUACUAAAUCAGCUCAAUCCUGAUGAAACCCUGAAUCUGCAGGCUCAAACCCAGCAACUCUUCACUCGUGCCAUAAGUGAAGCUGCGUCGGGGUCCAGUCCCGUUGACUCGUAUGCUCUUGAGACCUUGACGGUCUUCCUAGCCUGUGUCUUGAAGAAAAAAUACACCAAUCCUAGCUCAGAUGUAAUCACCGUUCUCGCUGGUCUCGACAAUGUUGACCAUGCAAUUUUCAAUUUCGUCGCUGUCUUGGAUGGGAUCAUUCGCAAUGGCAAAACCUAUGCGCUACGACUUCAAGCCAUAAAGACUGCUAUUGCAAUGACUGCUGGCGCAUACAAGACCAGCCUCGUCUCAUAUCUCACGCAUCGCGACCUGUUCCCUUCAAUCAUGAAGUUCGUACAAGAGUCAGAGACGCCCGUGCAAGUAUUUGAGCCGUUUCUUCUUCUCGGACUGCUAGCAAAUUACAACAAGUUCGAGAUGCAGAAUCCGUAUCAGCUACGGCUUGACGACUUUGUGAAUGAAGCGAGCAUUCAGAAAAUCGCCAGAGGAGUCGGUAGUUCCUGUGGAGCUCUCAGAAACGGUUACGCUGCCGUGCAGGACGACUCUCCCGAGGGCUGGACAUUGAUCAGCACAUUGAUGUACUUUGGUUUGGGCGCUCUUGCUUCCGGUAAGAAGGAUCGGCCGAAUCCACCUACUGCCGAGGAAGCGAAGGAGUUAUUUGCAUCACUGCCCGCGCAACAAGCAUCGAUCCUCCUAGCUACCUACGACUUCAUCAAUGCCAAUAAACUGUUCGGGCUUCACCUCAUCAGCUUGGCCCCCGAGAAGGACAACGAGGAGUCCCCCUUCGCAUCAUUCCUCUCAUUAACAUCCUACCUUCUCCAACAUGCCUACCGAUCACCGCGGACCGCUCACUACGCAGAGCUCAACCUCCUGACCCUCCGCAUAAUAUCCGAAGACAACGCGCUCUGCAAACAACUUUGCAGCGACGAAAGCAAGCGCAAAAUCCGACUGUGUCGCCAAAAGCAACCAUACCUGCCUCUCAUCACCAGCGAGCGAGUCCCCACCACAGCCAUCUUCGACAUCCUCAUUGAUACCCUUACCCACAACCUUCGACGUCGCCUCGAUGUAAAUCUCUACAGCCACUGCAUCGCCAUCUUCCUCCGCCUCCUCACCUACCUCUCCAAGAACAAGAUCCGCCUCACCUAUCACUGGUCCGAACUCUGGCGCACCUUACUCUCCCUGAUGCGCUUCCUGACCACCUACGUCUCCGACCUCAUCACCAGCACCCCGCACAUCCACACCCUCACCACCACCCUGGUCAACCUGAUCGCCUUCUGCGUCUCCGCGGGCGACACCUUCCUCCCGGACCCGUCCAGCUACGACGACCUCUUCUACAAGCUCGUCGAAACCGGCCCAAUCAUCGCCCGAUUCCGCGACGUGUACGCCUUCAAAUCCAGCGGCGGCGGCGCGGCUAGCGGUCCUCACUCAGCGGUGGCGGUGGGCCACAUCCCCAAGACAGAUCCGAGCAUAUCAUCCAGCGCAGAGGUCCACCUCACCGCAAUCGAGACCUUGAUCUCCGUCUCCACGCACUUCCACACUCUUCUGUUUGUCCCGGAUAAGGGCGGCGAGGCUGUUGGUGGUAGUGGUGCGGCGGACGGCGAGAGCCCGGCGCCCGUGUCGCCAAAUCUGAAGAAGAAUCUUAGUCCGCGGGAGGUGCAUCGGAUCAUCAAGCAAGGGUACGAGACGCUGAGUAUCCCGCCGCUGGAGGGUCUCAGUGCGUGGCAAAAGUUCCGUGAGGCGGAUUGGAAGGUGGAGUUGAAGCGGGCGGCGCGAUGCGCCGUGGACGAUGCUAGGCAAUUAGUCGCGUAGGAGAUUCGUGUGUCGGGUUGUGUGUAUGUAGGUGUCUUGAAGAUUUGAUCGCGUAUUUGGUUGUGAGUAGAGAGGAGGUGGAGGAGAGCUCAGUUUCACGUAGCACUGGAGGGUGAAGUCUGCGUCAGAAUGUCCGUCCGACCUGCGGAAGCUGUGUAUGUAUGGUGUACUUAUUUGGUUAAGGGUGAUGCGUUUAGUGUCAAA